GGACCACAGGAAGCGAUCGCGGAAUGGCUGGGCACGCCAGUCUCGGGUCUACACUGUGCUCCGAGCAGUUCGGCUCGCAGGCGGCCCGGGGAUGCUGCGCCGCUCCCGACGGGAGCCUGCAGUGGGAGACCUGGGGGUGGCGCUGGUGGGGGUUCGCUGGCGCUUUUACAGCGAAACCCGGAGGAGGAGACGGGUGCGGAGGGGGAGCUCCCGGGACGGCAUUUCCACCUCUCUCCCGUCUCCUGGCUGUGUUCCUGCCUCAAGGCUUUCCGGAUAGCGUCAGCCCAGACUACCUGCCCUACCAGCUAUGGGAUUCCGUACAGGCCUUUGCUUCCAGCCUCUCGGGCUCCCUGGCCACCCACGCAGUCUUGCUAGGCAUAGGGGUGGGGAAUGCAGAAGCCUCUGUUUCAGCUGCCACGGCCACCUGGCUGGUGAAAGAUUCAACGGGCAUGCUGGGCCGCAUCAUCUUUGCCUGGUGGAAGGGGAGCAAACUGGACUGUAAUGCCAAGCAGUGGAGACUUUUUGCUGACAUCCUCAAUGAUGUAGCCAUGUUCCUGGAGAUUAUGGCUCCUAUAUACCCAAUCUGUUUUACUGUGACCAUCUGCAUCAGCAACCUGGCCAAGUGCAUUGUGAGCGUGGCUGGCGGGGCCACUCGGGCUGCUCUGACCAUGCACCAGGCCCGGAGAAACAACAUGGCAGAUGUGUCGGCCAAGGAUAGCAGCCAGGAGACACUGGUAAACCUGGCAGGGCUCCUGGUCAGCCUCUUGAUGCUUCCCCUCGUGUCCAAUUGCCCUAGCUUCAGCCUCGGUUGUUUCUUCCUCCUCACUGCCCUCCACAUUUAUGCCAACUACCGGGCAGUCCAAGCCCUUGUCAUAGAGACCUUGAAUGAAAGUCGGCUCUGGCUGGUCCUGAAGCACUUCCUUCAGAGUGGAGAGGUACUUGACCCUACUUCAGCCAACCAGAUGGAGCCACUGUGGACAGGUUUCUGGCCAUCUCUGUCUCUGUCCUUGGGUGUCCCCCUACAUCGUUUGAUCUCCAGUGUGUUUGAGCUGCAGCAACUGGUUGAGGGACACAAAGAACCUUACCUUCUUCACUGGGACCAGUCGCAAAACCAGGUACAGGUCGUUCUGAGCCCAAUGGCAGGCCCUGAGACUGUCCUAAGGGCUGCCACACAUGGACUGGUUCUUGGAGCCCUGCGGGAAGAUGGGCCCCUCCCAAGAGAGCUGGAAGAACUGAGGAAUCGAGUACGGACAGGUCCUAAGAAGGAGAGCUGGGCCAUCGUCAGGGAGACCCAUGAAGUAUUGGACAAGCUAUUCCCAAAGUUCUUGAAAGGACUGCAGGACGUGGGCUGGAAGACUGAGAAGCACCAGCUAGAGGUGGAUGAGUGGAGGGCCACAUGGCUCUUGUCUCCAGAAAAGAAGGUCUUGUGAGCAGCCCAGAUGGAGGGCCAAGAGCCUGAAGCAAGAACACUUGGACUACAGCAGGGCGGUGGGGAAAGGCAGCUUUAUUUUUGUGUUGGGGAACUGUUGUGGCUGGUUGGCCAAGGCCUCACAGUACAUAACUGCCAGUCAGAUGGAUUGGGCCCCAGACAGGGACAAGUUAGAGGGAAGGAGAACUAUGGCCUUCCCCCUUCCCUCCUGCCCCUUCUUACCACUGCAGGCUCCCCACCUGCACUCAUUGUGAGGCUGAGCUCUUCCCUGGCUGUGGCUCAAGAGGUCCCAACACAGUUGACCUCAGGCAUAAAAGCCCCAGAGGAACAUGGCCACAGCCAUCAUAAGCAGGGCAUUGAAGUUGACCACACGAGCCCAUCUUGGGUCCUCACUGAUGUCCUCCAGCCGCCUGGUUGCUGCAGCCACCUCCUCCUCGGUAGGGGGUGGGGAACUACCUGACCCAGCCUGGCUCAUUCCACAGAACCAGAGCAGGCACUGGCGAAACAGGCCUGGUGCUGGGGGUUGGGACUCUAGGAAAAAUUGAAGCCCUACAGUUAGUUUGAGGGAACUUAGCUCCCUAGCCCCACCUCCUGGGGUAGUGCCUUACCCUCCAUCUCGACUGCAUGCUCGGGAUGCCCAUUCUGUACAGGGGGUGAGCCUGGACCUUCCACCUCAUCAGCAUCCAGGUCCUCCCGUUCCUCCUUGCUGUGCCGGAGACUGAAAACCAGACGGUGGAGCUGGAGAGAGGUGGGAGCAGAGACCAAGUGGGAGUUCUGUACCUUCAAGCCCAGACCCUGAUGUCUCAUCCACACUGGCACUUCCUAGCCUCCCUCUGUCCACCCUGUACACCUAGCCCAGGCUCAGCUCACUCAAACAUGACCUAUGGCUGCCCUUUGCCCUCAGGCUAAACCCAGGCUCCUCAGUGGGGCGUUUAAAGCUCUUGGCCCUGCUUAAUCACCCCAGGUGUUCUGUCUGCACUUAAAAUUGCAGUGCUUUAGGUUCCAGUCUUAACAGUCCUGCUAAAACAGUGUUUCUUCCUGUGGGUAUUUGCUCGUAUUUACUCCUGUCACCUUUCCCCCCACUUCUCCACCUGUGGAGUCCUGAGCCCAUCUUUCAAGGCCUGGCUCUUCAGUGCAGCCCCUACCCCCACACCCAAUCAGCCCUGAAGCAGAACAAGACCAAACCCUUUUGUGGGUUCUCUGUCCCUUUUAGCCACCAAUCAUAUCCUGUGUUUUGAGUCCCAAAGGCCAUGCCAAAAAUGUUGGGGAGCUUUAAUCACUUCCCUUACAAUCUUCAAGCCACCUCCCCCAAACCACCUCAGAUAAAUGUCAUGAAAUAAAAACGUAUUUUCUUUGCAAAUGCAA